AUUAUUAAUCAUGCAGUUUUUUGCAGAGGAGGAAACUUUAUUAGGAUCACUCGUAUCGAGCUUUCAACCAAAGUAUUAAUGAUAGUAAAUUAUAGAAAAACUGAAACCUAAAAGAAUUGGGGAGUGUUUGCAAUCCUGUUUAUUGCUGGACUCAUCCUCAUCAUAAUAUCAAUUCCAUUUGCCUCUUUUCUAAUACUCAAUCCUAAACCAUUCUGUUUACUUUUUUCAGCCGGCUCCUUCGUCAUCUUGAUAUCCAUGCUUCAGAUUAUUGAACUAAAAACGCUUUUCAAUAAAAUUUCUUCCUCAGCUGCUACCUUGAUUUACCUAGUAUCUCUAAUAGCUUGUCUCUACACCGGAAUGUUCUAUAUGGGGUACUUUUAUACUCUAGGAUUACUAUCGCUUCAAGUAAUAUCUUCAAUUAAUCAAGAUCUCAACAUUAAUAUAUUUGACAGUAUCCCUUUUUCCAGGAGGAAGGACAGGUAUGCAUGCUGCUUUUAAAUUAUUAAAAGGCCAACUCAAAGGAAUAUUCUUAAAAAAAACCUUUUUACCAUUGUGA